CUCGCCGCCUGCAGCUCAGCCCAUGGGAGAGCAGCGUUGUUAACAGACUGCUGACGCCCACACAUUCGUUCCUGGCCAGAAGUAAAAGCACAGCAGCCUUGUCUGGAGAUACAGCAUCUUGCAGCCCCAUCAACAUCAUGCCCUCCAAAGCUGCACACUCUAGAAAUCUGACGGAUCGGCCAAAAUUCUUGGUAACGCCACCGGAGGGCUCGGCGCGAAGGAGGACGGCUCACGGCACCGCGGGCUAUAAAAGAGAGAGGGACAGAGAAAACCUACCGUUCCAUCCCACAUCUGGCAUUCGGAGAGCGCUAUCUCCUUCUCAUCCCAAAGCAAGAUCACCAGCUCCCUCCCGACUUUGGCUGCCAUCCAGAUCCUUUCCUCAUCUGCCUGGCACACCCAGGCCAACCUCCUCCUUGCCUCCCGGAUCAGUCAAAGAUGGCCCUGCUCAGGUCCGGCCCCCAUCCCCUGGCAACAUCCGCCCUGUCAAGAGAGAAGUCAGAGUGGAACCUGAGAGGAAAGACCCCGAGAGGGAACCCCAGAAUGUUGCCAAUGAGCCAUCACUUAAGGGCAGAACACCUUUAGUGAAGGUGGAAGAAGCCACAGUUGAAGAGGGGACACCUGCCGAGCCGGAGGCUGCUCCUGCUGCUUCAGCCCCAGCCCCAGCCCCAGCCCCAGCAUCGGCCCCCGCUCCAGCGCCGGUCCCAGCCCCAGCGUCAGCCCCAGCCCCAGGCCCAGCGUCAGCCCCAGCCUCGCCAUACACUGUGACUGCCGCCGCUUCUCCCAAGACCUCCGCAGGCACCACCGACCCAGAAGAGGCCACGAGGCUGCUAGCUGAGAAGAGGCGGCUGGCCCGAGAGCAGAGAGAGAAGGAGGAAAGAGAGAAGAGGGAGAAGGAAGAGCUGGGAAGACAAAAGAGAGAGGAGCUGGCGCAGAAGGUGGCGGAGGAGCGGGCUCGGCGGGAGGAGGAAUCCCGCCGGCUGGAGGCUGAGCAGGCCCGGGAGAGGGAAGAGCAGCUGCGGCGGCAGGCGGAGGAGCGGGAGCGGCGCGAGCGCGAGGACCAGGAGCGCGCCCAGAAGCAGAAGGAAGAAGAAGCUCGCCUUCGUGAGGAAGCAGAGAGGGUUCGGCAGGAGCGAGAGAAGCAUUUCCAGAGAGAAGAGCAGGAGCGCCUGGAAAGGAAAAAGCGACUCGAGGAGAUUAUGAAAAGAACCAGGAGAACAGAAGCUACAGAUAAGAAACCUGUUGAUCAGAGAAAUGGAGAUAUAACCAAGGGAGCUCUCCCUGAAGGACCAGUGGUAUCUGCACUUCCAUGUAUGACAAACUCUCCAGGAAAUGGAGAACCAAUGAGCAGCCCACAUGCGGUCACCUCACACCAAUCGACAGUGACUGUGGAGAGGGAUGAAGCCUAUAUUAUUUCCGCUCUGAAGUUUAGUGAUAGUUUUCCUGAAAAGCUAGGAGCUAAGCAGCCAUAA